AUGCGUUAUUCUAUCCAUAGUCAGUGGAGAGGUUACAGCGCUGGAGGCUGCCAGGACUAUGAUAGUUGGCAUCAAAAUCCACAGUUCCGCUUGAGAGCCAUGGGGCCAGAUGCAUCCUUACCGAUUCAUGUGUUCAUUACCUUAACUCAGGGUGUGAGCUUCUCGAGAACAACAGCUGGUUUCAAGAAUUUCCAGUCAAGCCAUGAUUCACAGAUGUUCUACAUAGGGAUGAGGAUCCUCAAGACCCGUGGACGUCGUGCUGCCUACAAUAUUUACUUGCACGAAUCAGUUGGUGGCACAGAUUAUGUAAAUUCUCGGGAAAUAUCUUGCGAGAUGGUCCUUGAUCCUGAUCCUAAGGGGUACACAAUUGUGCCAACAACCAUUCAUCCUGGAGAAGAGGCACCCUUUGUUCUCUCCGUAUUCACCAAAGCUUCAGUAGCUCUUGAAGCUUUAUAG